GUAUUCAGUUAGGUUAGCUUUGCAUUAAAAUCUGAAUAAGUAUAUGCAAUUAUAGGGAUGGCAUUAUGUCUACUCCUGCUGUUUCUGCAGUAAUUCGCAAGAGAAAGGCAAAUGGUGGUUUUAUAAUGAGUGCAAGCCACAAUCCAGGUGGACCAGAAAAUGAUUGGGGGAUUAAGUUUAACUACAACAGUGGACAGCCUGCCCCAGAGUCGAUCACAGACAAAAUUUAUGGAAAUACACUUUCUAUUUCUGAAAUUAAAGUAGCAGAUAUCCCUGAUGUGGACCUCUCACGCAUAGGAAUUACAAACUAUGGUAACUUCAACAUAGAGGUGAUAGAUCCAGUUUCUGAUUACUUGGAAUUAAUGGAGGAUGUGUUUGACUUUCAGCUUAUCAAAGAUCUUCUUUCUAGACCAGAUUUCAGGUUUACAUUUGAUGCCAUGCAUGCAGUGACGGGUGCAUAUGCAAAACCUAUAUUUGUAGAUCGACUUGGAGCCAACCCGGAUUGCAUCUCAAAUGGAGUUCCUUUAGAAGAUUUUGGUCAUGGCCAUCCUGAUCCUAAUCUGACGUAUGCUAAAGAUCUGGUGGAGAUUAUGUAUGCAGAAAAUGCACCUGAUCUUGGAGCAGCAAGUGAUGGGGAUGGUGAUCGGAACAUGAUUCUUGGAAGAAAUUUUUUUAUCACUCCAUCUGAUUCUGUUGCAAUUAUUGCUGCUAAUGCUCAGGCAGCAAUCCCAUAUUUUCAAGAUGGUCCUAAGGGACUCGCUAGGUCUAUGCCAACAAGUGGCGCCCUUGAUCGUGUUGCUGAGAAACUAAAUCUUCCAUUCUAUGAGGUUCCCACUGGCUGGAAAUUCUUUGGCAACUUAAUGGAUGCUGGGAGGUUGUCUAUCUGUGGGGAGGAAAGCUUUGGAACUGGUUCUGAUCACAUCCGCGAGAAGGAUGGAAUAUGGGCUGUGUUGGCUUGGCUUUCUAUCCUUGCAUAUAGAAACAAGGACAAAAAGGUUGGGGAAAAAUUGAUCUCGGUUGCUGAUGUUGCUCAAGAGCAUUGGGCUACCUAUGGAAGGAAUUUCUUUUCUAGAUACGAUUAUGAGGAAUGUGAAUCUGCAGGAGCCAAUCAAAUGGUUGAAUAUCUCAGGGAAAUGAUUUCUAAGAGCAAGCCUGGUGAAAAAUAUGGAAAUUACACCCUUCAAUUCGCAGAUGACUUCACCUACACUGAUCCAGUUGAUGGCAGUGUAGCAUCAAAGCAAGGCCUGCGGUUUGUGUUUACAGAUGGAUCAAGGAUUAUAUUUCGUCUAUCAGGCACCGGAUCAGCUGGGGCAACUAUACGAGUUUAUAUCGAACAGUUUGAGCCUGAUGUUGCCAAACAUGACAUUGAUGCACAAAUAGCUUUGAAGCCAUUGAUAGAUGUGGCACUAUCAAUAUCAAAACUGAAGGAGUUCACUGGCAGGGAGAAGCCUACGGUCAUUACAUAAGUUAUAUUUUUGUAGGAUGGCUUAGCUUGUAUAAAUUUUGACCUCAUAGUUAUAUUUCGUAGUAUAGAAACAAUAUAUCUUUCAGUUAGACUAUUUAUGAUCCUACAAAAAUGAUGUAUUUUUAACUAGUGUACUAAGAAAUUUUCAUGUAAGUAACUAUAAAACGAUGAACGUUUGAUUAAGGAGGAGUUAGAGAAAUGUGAGUCACUGAAUUAUAUAAGAUUCCAAGAA